UAUCGAUAGAUUUUUGCUCAGCUCUGCCGGCAUUCAGCAAAAAAACAUCAACUAGAAUGGCAGAUAAAAAGAUUGGUGGAAACAACGAUGGCAAGGAGAAGCGUCGCAAGGAGUCCAUUCUGGACCUCUCCAAGUAUCUGGAGAAACAGAUACGCGUCAAAUUCGCGGGCGGCCGCGAGGCAUCCGGCAUUCUGAAAGGAUACGAUGCUUUACUAAAUCUGGUCCUAGAUAAUACAGUAGAGUAUCUCCGCGACUCAGAUGAACCCUACAAGCUAACAGAAGAUUCAACCAGAAGUCUGGGACUGGUUGUGUGUCGAGGCACAGCUUUGGUACUCAUUUGUCCACAGGAUGGAGUUGAGAGCAUCGCCAACCCGUUUAUAACGCAAUGAAAGAUUAGCGGGAUUAGAUCCAGGUCUACAUAUAUUAAGUACAAAACGAUUGUGGAUUUCAGUUUAAAUAUAUUUAGCGAAGAAGUGUA